AUGAGGUAUUUGAAUGGGUUGGCUUCUUUGCUGAGAUUACUGUUGCAGGUAGUUAUCACUGGUGAGCACUGUAGGAGAGAAUACGUAAAUAAUGGUGUAAGAGAUAGGUUUGAGUACUUGGAUGACCAAGACAUGGUAAUGGGUGCACUGUGGAUAAUACCGAUGGCAAUACCAGUGAAUGGGCUGAAGGUUGAUUGGUGGAGAUUUUGCACGUGCAUUUUAACGCGGUUGAAACGAGAAGGAGUGUGCAACGAAUAUGGUAAGAUAAAUAACGGUGUAGCAUUGGUAAAAAUGCUUUAUGACGAGUUGAGAAGAGCGGUGAAUAAUUCUGUGUUGGUGAUGGGAAGAGCAAACAAAAAGCUGAGAAUGCUUUUAUUUGCUAUUCAAUUAUUAACUGAUCGCUUUAAAACGGGCAGAGCAGAAAUUUAGAAAGUAUUUGGAGCUGUGGUGAGGAUGGGUGAGAAAUUGGUGGUUGCUUUGUACAAAAUGUGGUGUAUGCCGGUUUGCCCACGGGACAGGGCAAAAAUAGCAUUCAUUAUCGUUCCUAAUGAAUGUUAUAGAAAGUAAAAUGAAGUACCUUCGUA